AUGCUGGGUUGCCUGUGCUCCACAAGUGUGGCUGCGAGCGGAUUAUUUGUGUCGUCUCCAAACCGGUCGCCACCGUCAGCGCUACAGCUGCUCGCUCCGUCGCCUUUCGCAGACGCCAGCUUGGCUGAGAACGCGAAGCAGGGGCGGAAUGCGAGCCGCAGGCAGCUAUAUCAAAGGCCAAGGCUCUUUCGGGAGCGGAAUCUGACUCGCAGGCAGCUGUCUCAAAUCGGCGGCGGAUGUGCAGCAGGCCUCGGCUCCGUCAGCCUCGUGAAUCAGGCCAGCUACUCCCCAUGCAUUGCGGGCCGCUCCUUCGGAUGUAGCGACCGCUUUGGGCGGCUAGCGGUGUGGGUCAAGAGCUGCAGAGGCAGCUUCCGGUGCGCAGACCGCAACACCACCACACUGGCCAGCAUCGCCAAGUGUAUACAGGGCCGCUCAUAUGGCUGCGAUCUCGCACACGACGGCCAGCCCAUGAUCUGGGUGCACAACUGCCGUGGUAAGUUCAGAUGCGCAGGCCGUAAGAAAAAUGUGGAUUGCGGGACGUGGGACAAGCCGGAAGGGUCAAGAUGUGCGUGCGAUCCCGUUGAGCGGCUUGACGUAACGAGGGCGAGCUUUGCAGACUUCUACCCGUGGCUGGAGGAGGAGGUGGAGCAGGAGAACGCGAGCAGGUUCUGCUUUGGAAACAUGGACUGGCAGGGCAACUGCAACGCGCUGCCAAACGCACCAGGCGCCCCACGAGACGAUCAGCCCAGCGCGUUCCCAUGCCACCUGCCGUACGGCUAUACCCAGCGGCUGCACGGCACGAUGUGGUCCGAGAUGUACCUCCUCGAGCUGAAUCGGACGGCGGCCGGCUUUCCGGCGGCAAGCCCUCGUAAAUACGCUGGGCUGGAUCCUCAGGGACGGCGCGGCUGCUGGGGGUGUCGAGCCAACGACUCGGACCCGUUCUGCUGCUCUGGCCGCGGACGUUGCGCCAUCGGCAUCUGCCUCUGCGACCGGGGCGCGUUUGGAAUCGAUUGCGCGCACGGCGGCGGCGAGCUGAAGAGGGUCGGCGGAGGCGGUCAGCAGGCAUCCGGAGGCGGCGGUGAGCGGGUCUCCGGAGGCGGUGGGGACGGCGAGCCGGCGGGGAAGGUCGGCGGAGGUGGUGAGCGCGCAAGGUCCGGCGGCCGGAACGGCGCCGGCACGGAGCAGGGUGGCGCAGGGUGGCUCCGCAUCUUUGUGCACGAUUUGCCGAUGGAAAGCCAGGAGGCGAUGAAGGGCCACCUGCUGCACUCCGCAAAGUUUGCGAGGGCGGUGCACUACGACGCCGCGGGCGCCGAUGAUUUGUCGAAGCACUUGUCCGUGUAUCCGGGGGCUUCAGCGGACCCAAUCUACUCCGCCGAGCUCCGUUUCCUGCAUCAGUUGCUCGAGGACGGCGCGACCCGCACCACCGACCCCUACGAGGCCGACCUGUUCUUUGUCCCGAUAUUUGGCUACUAUACCCAUUCGGGCAACAUGAACGCGCCGACCAACGCCUUUGACAAGGCACGCAUGCAGAGGGCGUUCCCUGGUUGUAACUAUUAA